AUGGGGCCCUCCGGGGGCCUCCGUCCCUUUGAACUGCGGUGGCGGGCGGGCUCGCUGUAUCCUGCACCCCUCAGAGUAGGGGCCGCCAUCACCAUGGCCACGGCUGCGAGUCGGCCCUGCCCCGGAGGGUCGCGGGACAUCCUGUGGCGCGUGUUGGGCUGGAGGAUAGUUACAAGCAUUGUCUGGUCAGUGCUGCUGCUGCCCAUCUGUACCACAGUAUUUGUAAUCUUCAGCAGCAUUGAUUUAUUUCAUCCUAUACAGUGGCUGUCUGCUUCUUUCAAUGAUCUGUAUAAUUCCUACAUUAUCUUUUACCUCCUGCUGUUGUCAGUGGUAAUUGUAAUAAUAAGUAUUUUCAAUGUGGAGUUCUAUACAGUUGUGCCUUCCAUUCCCUGCUCAAGGCUGGCACUGAUAGGGAAGAUCCUUCACCCGCAGCAGCUCAUGCACUCCUUUAUUCAUGCUGCAAUGGGAAUGAUGAUGGCUUGGUGUGCCACAGUGAUAACCAAGGGCCAGUACAGCUUCCUUGUGGUUCCCUGCACUGGUACUGAGAGCUUAGAUAGUCCUGCUGUACAAACCUGCUUAAAUGAGUAUCACCUUUUCUUCCUACUGGCUGGAGCAUUUAUGGGCUAUAGCUAUAGCCUCCUGUAUUUUAUUAACAAUAUGAACUAUCUUCCGUUUCCCAUCAUACAGCAGUACAAGUUCUUACGCUUCAGGAGGUCUCUGCUCUUGCUAGUUAAGCAUAGUUGUGUGGAAUCACUGUUCCUGCUUAGAAAUUUCUGCAUUGUGUAUUACUUUCUUGGUCAUAUUCCAAAAGCUUGGAUUAGCACUGCCAUGGACCUGCAGGUAGAUAAGCAGUUUCAUAGGCCUCUUGACACCGUGAGUGGCCUCUUGAAUCUCCCGUUGCUCUACCACGUCUGGCUGUGUGGUGUCUUUGUCCUGAUGACCUGGUACAUCUCAUGGCUGCUCUUCAGAAUCUAUGCCACAGAGGCUCAUCUGUUCCCUGUUCAACCACCAUUUUCAGAAGACUCAGAUGAAUGCCUCCCAAAAGUUUUAAACAGCAAUCCUCCCCUCAUCAUAAAGUAUUUGGCCCUGCAGGACCUGAUGUUGCUUUCUCAAUAUUCUCCUUCACGAAGACAAGAAGUUUUUAGCCUUAGCCAACCAGGUGGACAUCCCCACAAUUGGACAGCUAUUUCAAGAGAGUGUUUGAAUCUUUUAAAUGAUAUGACUCAGAAACUUGUGCUCUACCAAGAAGCUGCUGCUACGAAUGGGAGAGUGAUGUCUUCAUCGUACCCAGCGGAACCUAAGAAAUCGAAUUCUCCAGAAGAAACUGCAUUUCAGACCCCCAAAUCUAGCCAGAUGCCUCGGACUUCAAUGCCAUCAUUAAUUAAGACAUCACUGUUCUCCUCAAAGUUAUCUACACCUGAUGUUGCAAGUCCCCUGGCCACCCCAUUUGGCUCUAGUGUAGUGAACCGGAUGGCUGGAAUUUUUGAUGUAAACACAAGCUAUGGGUCAUCUCAAAGUCCUCAGCUCACAAGAAGAGGGCCAAGAUUAUGGACUUCAGCUUCUGAUCAGCAAAUGACUGAAUUUUCUAACCCUUCUCCAUCUACCUCUGUUAGUGCUGAGGGUAAGACAGUGAGACAGCCCAGUGUGAUUUACUCAUGGAUCCAGAAUAAACGUGAACAGGUUAAGAAUUUCUUAUCAAAACGAGUGCUGAUAAUGUAUUUUUUCAGUAAGCACCCAGAGGCCUCCAUUCAGGCUGUGUUUUCAGAUGCCCAAAUGCAUAUUUGGGCAUUAGAAGGUCUGUCUCACUUAGUAGCAGCAUCAUUUACAGAAGAUAGAUUUGGCGUAGUCCAGACCACACUACCAGCUAUUCUUAAUACUUUGUUGACGCUGCAAGAGUCAGUUGAUAAGUACUUCAAGCUUCCUCAUGUUUCCAGUAAGCCACCUCGGAUUUCAGGAAGCCUGGUGGACACUUCCUAUAAAACAUUAAGAUUUGCGUUUAGAGCAUCUCUGAAAACAGCCAUCUAUAGGAUAACCACUACAUUUGGUGACCAUCUGAAUGCUGUGCAAGCAUCUGCAGAACAUCAGAAGAGACUUCAGCAGUUCUUGGAGUUCAAAGAAUAGUUAAGUAAUAUAAACUGUGUUCAUUACACUGCUGAUACAACUACAGAUGGGACAGUAAAUGUUCAGCAUUCUUGGAUCAGAAGAAAAUGGACUAAUUAGAUGCUUCCUUUGUCGUGGUGGUUGCUUUGAAAACUAUACUUUAAUGGGAGAAAUCAUGGAAAGAAAUUCUCAACAGAAAAACCAAAAACUGCCUUUUCUGUACCGAUUGCUUUUUGU